UUCUCAUUAAACCGGCUGGAGCCGAAGCCGAUGACGCUUCAUUUGCGAUGACAUUUCGAAAAUGUCAAAUUGAACACACAAACAAAUGGCUUGUUUGUAUAUAGCGUGCUAUCGGUCUGUGUGAAAUAGUAGUCAGUAGUCAAAUUCAUGGAAUGAGUAGAAAACUGUUGUUUCAAUAGUUCACAAACUAAUCGCCGUCCCAUAAACAACAUUCCGAUUGCACAUUCGAUAUUGUGUCUUGACCCUUAGUCAUCCUUUAAUCGGAAUAACCUACUGUGCCUUUUUUACAUACAUUUUCUUUGAAUUAUAAAUUAUUUUCUAUAUGUUAAUCACUUCUUGUGAAAUCUAAACAAACAUAAAACUAAACUCGUUUUGCAGGCGAAAAAAGAUAAUAAAAAAAAAUGAAAUUUUUUAUAAAUUAUAAAUUGAUUGGAUUUUUUAUGAGUUUCUUGGUGUUUGGCUGUGUGCAUGCUGACGGUGCUAAAAGAACACUAAGUGCCGAAUUGAAUCCAAAUUGUCCGGAAAGUAUUUGUGAGACAAAGAAUGAAAACAACGCAACAACGUUAAUUCAUGUAAGAGCCGAUGGUGAAAAUGACACAUUACAUUAUAUUUGGGAUUUAAGUCGACAGCCGAGCGUGUUGGUGGCAUUAUGUGAACGUGAUACAAAUGUAACCAUAAAUUGGAACGAAACAUUCAUGGAUGUCAAAACAGUUCAAUUCACAAUCAAACCAAAGUACACAAUGUCAUUUGUAUUGACAAAGGUUUUCAUUUUCAAUGAUGUCACAGAUCAAGCAUCAAUAAUUGGCGUAAACAAAUCAAACAUUGAGACAAUUGAUGCAAGAGAACUCACAUGGACCCGAGAAGAAUUCAAUAAAUCGACAAACGAAGUGAAAGUGGCUGUUAGUGGUAAAGAUGACGCUUCUAUUGGUUGCAAUGGCGUUAUUAAUUUGAAGUUGAAGUGCUACAAUGAAGAAGAUCAUGACAAAGAAACGCCACAUUUGCUACACUCAGCGAAUGUAACGCAGGUCGAUAUGGAAUUCAUUGAUUUGAUACCAAGUGAUACCAAAUUUGAAUCAAUACGCAUUGCAGCCGAAUUUGUACUCGUUGCCGACAGCGAAACGACAAAAACUCCAUUCACCAUAAACAAACGUAAAACCGUUGACGAUGAAAACACCCCGGGCGUUUUUACACUCAUCGAUAUUAAUACACCACAAGUGAAAAAUAACACACACGCGAGUUACUUACAAUACCGUCCAAUAAGCUACACAGAACAAAGUCGUGACAUUACUAAGAGGACAGAUGUUCAUUUAAACCAACCAGAUUUCUUGGAUGAUGCAGAAACUUACUUAAACUUGUCAAUUGCCUAUUCAUACUAUGGAAAUACAUUGGAUCAGUACUUGGUGCAAUCAUUUAAUGUGUCAUUUGGACAACGAGAAGAUAAGUUCUAUUCGAAUUAUACGACAUGGACAUUCAUUUUGGGAUAUGGAACAUCACCACCGGAACAUGUUUCGAUGUUCAUUGCCAUUCUUGCUUGCAUUGGAUUGGGCAUUCCAUUGCUGCUAUUGAUCAUUGGUGGUGUUUAUUUGGCUGUCAAACGUAUGAGAAAUUGUUAGGCAAUUCUUACAACGAAAAAUAGUUUGAUGGAUGAGAUGAGAGUUGAAUUUAGUCCUUUGGAAAACCGUAAUGGACUGCUAGUUUCAAUUGAACAUUUUUUUAUUACUUUAGUAUCUCUUAGUUGUAUAGUUGUAUUAUCCCACAAAGAUUAUAUAUAUUUUUAUUUUCAGGGACCGGGUCGCAUAUAGAAUUAUACAAGAUAUUUCUACUUUGUAUAAACGCAGAUGCAACAUAUCCGUCGCUGUUCGCUUUGUGCUGCGCUCAAUAAAUACAAUGUAUGUGCGUGCGUCUUUCAAUGGUCACAUGCACAUACGAACAUGUAUUCGCAUGCUUCAUACAUAGCGAACAGCGAUGAAUAUGUUGCGUCUGCGUUUAUACUUUGUAUAAUUAUACUGCCUUCGUUUUUUAUGCUAGUAUAAAAUUAUGAGCGACCCGGUCCCUGACAUAUUUUACCAAAGAACGAUCGGAUUGAUAUUUCGAUUGUACAGUUCUGUUCGUUUAGUAAAUGUCAUUAUUGGUGCGAGCAGAGGUUAUUUAAUGAAAGUUAAAUCAGUUCAAUCGUUCUUUUAGUAAUUCAUCGAAAACCUAAGAUUUCAAACUAAAGAUAUUUUGUUUUGAAAAAUAUUAAAAUUAUCACCAACCACCAA